UUCGUUCACUUUCAUUUCAAGUACAAAAGUCAGACCCUUACUGGAUAUAUUCCAAAUUCCAGCAACAGUCCGCACUGUUCCAGCACAAUGUCAGAGCCUAGCUCCAGGAAAGACCUGCCCCGGGAGAUGGCGAGGGCUCAGGCAUUGCAACAGGAGAUUAGCCGCAACUCGCAGGAGAUAAGCUUCAACUUCUGGCAGGAGUUCGAGCGGAUUCGCGCCACCCAGCUGCAGCGCCUGAUGCAGGAGCGGCAGGAGCGGGAGCGCAUCAACACGAUGAUGGUGGCCGCCGACGCGGAGGCGCAUCAGUUGACGGAGGCAUUGAGUCGCUCUAUGGUGUCUCAGGGCACGAGCUUGGAGGCCAUGCCGUUGCCGGCCACCACCCAGGAGCACGGAUCGGUCUGCAAAAUUCCCACUCAAGAGACAUCGCAAUUUUUGCAAAGGCCGCUGCGCACAGGGCUAAGGAAUGCGGUUUCGAGUCCGAUCCCCCAAAAACCUCGGGCACAGAUCCAGCGCUUUCAAAUGGCCAACAAGUCCAAGGCCCCAGCCAAACCCAAUUCGAAGGCCGUAGCCAAGCCGGCACCAGCCCGAGCCCCAUCUUCGCGUAUUGCGAGUGCACCAGUCACCAACAGGACCACCAAGAUCUCCACGAACCCAUCAAAGGGCGCAAAGCUAUCCAGCUCGAAAACCACUCCGGAUGUGUCGAAGCUUCGACAGAGAAGAAUUUCAAAGACUUCGACUGCAUAACCAAGUAUCGCUGGAAUCGGAUACGGAUUCGCAUUCGCAAUUCGCAAUUCACUCCUUAUACUCGUUCGAGUAGAAUGCCCAACUAAAACCAUAUUUUCUUACUGGAUUAAAUAGUUUCCAAAAUACA